GAAAGUCAAUAUAAAAGUGUUACACAUUGUUUAUUUGAUAUGGAUGGCUUAUUGCUUAUAAUGACUAAAGUUUCAAUGCCAAUUAUUAAGAAAUAUGAGGACUAUAUAUUAAAAUACGUCUGUAUGAACGGAUUCUAUUAUCAAUGAAAGGGUUAAAAUAGCACUUAUGCAUACAGAACUACUUUAUUCAAAAGCUUUCAAUCGUAUUACAAAUCGCUAUGGAAAAGAAUUUACAUGGGAGCAUAAAACAAAAAUUAUGGGUUUUAAAACAUCAAACAUUGCAAAAGUUGUGGUUGAAAUGUUAUCUUUACCAAUAACAGCAGAAGAAUUUGAGAAUGAGUCAGUUAAAAUAUAUCAAGAAUUAUUUCCAUCUGCAAACUUAAUGCCAGGUGCUGAACGAUUAUUAAGGCACUUAAAACAAAAUAAUAUACCAAUAGCAUUAGCUACAAGUUCAAAUAAACAAAAUUUUGAAUUAAAAACUCAAAAAUGGACAAAUAUAUUUGAUUUAUUUGAUCAUAAAGUUCUUGGUGGUUCUGAUCCUGAAGUUAUUAAUGGUAAACCAGCACCUGAUAUUUUUUUGAUUGCUGCAAAGCGAUUUUUUGAUAAUCCUGAUCCUUCAAAGUGCCUUGUAUUUGAGGAUGCACCAAAUGGUGUAAAAGCUGCACUUAAUGCUGGAAUGCAAGUUGUUAUGGUUCCAGAUCCAAUGUUACCGAAACAUUAUAUUCAAAAUCCAACAUUGAUAUUAAAUAGUCUUGAAGAAUUUCAACCUGAAUUGUUUGGUUUGCCACCAUAUAGCACAUAAGUAUAUAGUUUAAAUAUA